UGAGUUGUGGUGGUAACGAUAGGUGCAUCAUGUUAAACCAGUGCCUCUAGGUCUCUCGGCGAGGAAGGUUUUCUCCGUUAGCACGGCGAGGAAGGUUUUCUCCGUUAGCACGAAAAGGAAAGGAAAGAAGAGAAAAGAAGAAUGGGCAUCAAGGUCUAUGGCCUUCCUAGGUCGACGAAUACCGCGCGGGUGCUUGCAUGUUUACUUGAGAAGGGGCUCGACUACGAGCUCAUCCAUGUUGAUGUCCUCAAUGGAGAGCAUAAGCAACAACCUUACCUCUCUCUCAAUCCCUUUGGUAAAAUCCCUGCAUAUGUUGAGGAUGAUGCAACCGUACUUUUUGAAUCAAGAGCUAUCACAGACCACAUUGCUUCCAAGUACAAGGAGAAGGGGACGGACCUCCUCGGGCCUGAGCUUGGUGGGAUAGCCAUUGUGGGCUUGUGGAUGGAAGUUGAAGCCCACCAGUUCGACGCGCCGGCCUCGGUCUUAAUUCACGAGAGCGUCAUGAGACCGGCCUUUGGCAAGGCGCCCGACGAGGCCCUGGUCCGAGCUCAGUGCGAGAAGCUCAACAAGGUGUUUGAUGUAUAUGAGGAAAGGUUGUCCAAGUGCAAGUACCUGGCUGGGGACUACUUCUCUCUGGCUGACCUUCACCACCUUCCUUGCCUCCACUACAUCAUGGCUUCGCCGCACUCCGGCCUCAUUACGUCGCGCAUGCAUGUCAGCGCCUGGUGGGAAGACAUAUCGUCGCGCGCCGCCUGGAAGAAGGUCUCUGAGCCCAUGAAGUUUUGAUUGAAUCAUAGAAGCAAGCCCCUCUUCAUGCAGCCAUUUGCUCUUGGUGUUGGUGUUUUUGUGUGUUUGUGUGCUUUUCCGUUUGGUAACAGUAACAUUAUAGUGACAUUAUGUAAAAAUCAUGUCGCUAUGUGGACCUCGAAGUAUUUUUCAACCAACUUUGAGUUGAAAAUUUUUAAAUCCUAUGCAUGAACACCGUGGUCUGAAUCCUUUGUGAUCAGAUUCGAUGGAAAAUUCCUUUUAUCA